GAAUGACCCGGUUGUUAGACUAAUAAUACCUCUGUAGACUGAUCUAGACUGACAACCAUCUGGAGCAAGCUAAGCCGGCUACAAGAUCACGUGACCGACUGAGAGCUGCGCCCGUGCACAUCUGCAAAAUGGAGGAUCGUGAAGCCAAGGAGCCUGAACAGCUCAGAAAGCUGUUUAUCGGGGGUCUCAGCUUUGAAACCACGGAAGAGAGUUUACGGGCCCAUUUUGAGCAAUGGGGAACACUGACGGACUGUGUGGUGAUGAGGGACCCCAACAGUAAGCGCUCAAGGGGCUUCGGCUUUGUAACAUACUCUUGUGUAGGUGAAGUUGAUGAUGCCAUGAAGGCAAGGCCUCAUAAAGUGGAUGGCCGUGUUGUUGAACCCAAGAGGGCUGUGUCCAGAGAGGAUUCCAAUAAGCCAGGUGCCCAUCUGACAGUGAAGAAAAUCUUUGUUGGAGGCAUUAAGGAGGACACUGAGGAGUACCACAUCCGGGAGCACUUUGAGAAAUAUGGAAAGAUCGAGUGCAUUGACAUCAUGGAGGAACGCUCCACAGGAAAGAAAAGGGGGUUUUGCUUUGUCUCGUUUGAUGACCACGACACCGUAGACAAAAUCGUGGCCCAGAAAUUCCACACAAUCAACUUCCACAACUGUGAAGUCAGGAAAGCUUUGUCAAAACAGGAAAUGAGUGCUAUGUCAAAUAAUAGGGGCAGAAGUGGAGGAUCUGGAAACUUCAUGGGCAGAGGUAGCAACUUUGGUGGAGGUGGCAACUUUGGCAGAGGUGGCUAUGGUGGAGGACGAGGUGGUUACGGCGACGAUUUUGACAAUGGUCCUGGUGGGAAUUAUGGUGGAGGACCAGGUUAUGGAGGAGGCCGUGGGGGCUAUGGAGGUGGUGGUCCAGGGUAUGGAAACCAGGGUGGGGGAUUUGGUGGCAGCUGCGAUGGAGGAUACGGUGGUAAUGAUGGAGGAUAUGGAGGAGGUGGAAAUUACAACGACUUUGGAAAUUAUGGUGGGCAGCAGUCCAACUACGGGCCCAUGAAGGGAAACAACUUUGGUGGCCGAAAUUCAGGCGGACCCUACGGAGGUGGCUACGGCUCUGGCGGCGGUGGCGGAGGCGGCUACGGCUCCAGGCGAUAUUAAUUAUUUCAUGUUUUGAUUUGUGGAAAGAGGCAUUCUCUUCUUGCUGAAAAUCUGUAAAGACCUGAUAACAUGGAAGGUUCUGGAUGGGUAAGACUUUUUCAAAAUAUUAUCCAAGGCUGCUCAUAUUAUUUUUAACUAUGCACUUGGUGAUUAUCUGAGGUGUUAAGAGUCUUUUAAGGUAAACCGAGCAGGAUGACAUCCAGUGUUGCUCCAAGAUUCAACUUCUGACCCCAGUGCUCUGCUUGGUAUACCUUGAAGGCAAAAUGUGUUGUAUUGUUAUGUUUUAUUACUUUUGUUAUCAGUGGCAGUGAUAAUACUGAUCAACUAAUAGCAGCAGUUUAGUCAUGAAGAAAUAAAAAGGUUUCAACAUCCUCUGAAAGCCAUAAAAUACUGUUUUUUUAUUAGGUGUUUAUUAUUAUUAUUAUUAUUAUUAUUAUUUACUGUGGAAAAUAGUGCAACAGUGCCAACGCCUCGUGGCACAAACCUUUUGACUGAGGUUAUUUGGAUUAUUCUUACAAAGGCUGAUCAGUAUAGUAAUGCAGUAUGCAAAUUGUGGGUUUUAGAGGUCCCUCGCAGUCACACAGCAAUUUCAUAUUCCAGUUUUUAUAGAAACAAAAAACCCCAGCUUGGAUCAUCUGAAUACGCAGAUACUCAACCACCAGUAUUUUCUACAGUCGUGGAAAAAAUUAUUACACCACCCUUGUUUUCUUCAGUGUCUUGUUCAUUUUAAUGUCUGGUACAACUAAAGGUACUUUUGUUUGGAC